AAAGAGAGAGAAGUCACGGGUUUGUCUUGAAACUCCCCUCGCUCUCUCUCUCUCUCUUUCUUUCUUUCUUUCUUUCACAGUCCUAGACAGACCGACAGACACAUAUUCUCUCUCACUACAAAAUCGAGGAAACCAAAAAUUAAACCCUUUAGGAGUUUGGAGCUUCUUUAACAGCAACCAACAUAUAGAGACUCCAUCACUCUCUAGUCUCUCCUCAUCUACUCUUUAACACUUUCAUCUCACUCAGUGGGUGUGCGUGAGUGUCUUCACUGACCUACCAGAUAUGGCUCUGAUGCUUGAUAAUUGCGAGGGGAUCAUGCUGUCUCUGGACUCUCACAAGUCUGUGCCAGCUCCGUUCCUCACCAAAACCUACCAGUUGGUCGACGAUCCCUCCACCGAUCAUAUAGUCUCUUGGGGAGAAGACGAUACCACCUUUGUGGUAUGGCGUCCUCCUGAAUUCGCUCGUGAUCUCCUCCCCAACUACUUCAAACACAACAACUUCUCUAGCUUCGUUCGUCAGCUCAACACCUAUGGGUUCAGGAAGAUCGUCCCUGACCGAUGGGAGUUCGCGAAUGAAUUCUUCAAGAAAGGAGAGAAGCAUUUAUUGUGUGAGAUCCAUCGGCGAAAAACUUCACAUCAACCCCAUAUACCCAUUAACCACCACCACAACCUCCAUCACCAGCAUUCACAGAUAAGUUGUGGUGGUGGAGGUGUGCCAACUUUCUUUCCAUUCUCUAGCCGAGUUAGCAUCUCCCCUUCCGACUCAGAUGAGCAAGCCAAUUGGUGUGACUCGUCGCCACUCUCGUCUCCUAGCGGAGGAGGAGGGGGAACAGCACCGCCUGGUGGUGGUGGUGGGUUUACAGGUGGAGGAGGUGUUUGCACCAGCAGCAGCAGCUCAGUGACGGCGUUGUCUGAGGAUAAUGAGAGACUCCGGCAGAGCAACUCGAUGCUGUUGUCGGAGCUAGCUCAUAUGAGGAAGCUCUACAAUGAUAUCAUUUACUUUGUGCAGAACCAUGUGAGGCCUGUUGCUCCUAGUAACUCUUAUCCUUCUUCUCAUCAUCUUCUCCUCUCCAACAAUAAUAACCCACCUUCUUCUUCAUCUAUCACAACUCAACCUUGUGUUACUAGUAAUAAUAAUACUCCCAUGAUGGUGCACCAAAAGCCUCUUCACCAGCUCCUUGGGUUAUAUCAUCAUCACUCUACAACCCCACCUAAACAGGCUCAACAACAAGUGAAAGGUUCCUGCUUCAACUCCUCCUCCAGUAAUAGUAGUACUACUGCAUUGAGUGACUCUCAUCAAGAACCCAACAACAAUAAUAAUAGUACUAGUCGAUUGAUGAAGCUGUUUGGAGUGCCUCUUCACUCUAAGAAGAGAUUACACCCAGAACCCAUGACUGUGGAGACCAACAAAGCUCGUUUAGUGUUGUCCAAGGGUGAGUUAGGGUUGAAUCUCAUGCCUUCCUCUCCUUGCUAGCUUAGCUAUCUACCUACCUACCUACUUCUUCACUUCCUCCUUUCAACAUUUUGACCAUACUAUGCCCUUGAGCGGACCCUUCUUCUGUUUCUUACUCUUGUUUGCGUAUCUUAUUUUCUUCUUCUUGGCUUGGCUCUUCAAUGCCCUUUUCUCUGUGUGUGUCUGUAUAUAAUUAAUUAUGAUGAUAUGCCAGUAUUGUUUUGUUCCUCCCAGCCAUUAAUGCAGGUUGGUUUUUGUUUUGGUUUAGACUUUUAGGCUUCAUAGCGAAGAACAAAGCAAGGAUAAGUCAUCCACAGCCACUGCUCUCUCAAUUUCUGAGAUGGUUUCAGUUACAUUAAUGUGUUUUUGCAGACUUGAAAAUUGAAAUGAAAGGGAUAAGGGAAAGAGGCAAAGGCAAA